UUUCAUACCACAGUCGAGAGAAGAGUAGGAGAGAGGAUGCAGGUUUGAGAAAUUAGCUCACAGUAUUUCGAAUAGAUGCGGAUUGCAUUCCUUUUAGUUUUAUUUUUUACUUAACAAAUAUCAUCAUGCUGAAAAGUAACGGCAGGAAAGCAGUGCUCUCCGUUGCAGGAGCAACUUUCGCCUGCCUGGUAGUGCUCCUGUUGGUUGCCCAGCAGCAGCAGCGACUACAGGUGGAUGAGACGUCUAGUGAGAGUGAAGUUGGGAUGCGCUCACUGCAGAGUCUCCGCGACUUGGACGCAGAGUCAGGCGCGCUGACGGAUUCCGACUCCGAGACAGUUCAGGGACAGCAGAACGGCGACGCCAGGAAGGGAUUCUCUGCGUAUUUCUCCAAGUUGUCGCGCGGUAGGAGAGACGUGGAGAAGCCCACGCUAUCAACCAACGCGGCGACGGACGCAACACCCGCUGAGGACAUCAGCGCGGAUGACGUCUUCAUCGCAGUCAAAACCACGAAGAAGUUUCAUCGGUCGAGACUGGAUCUGCUUCUCGAUACCUGGAUUUCAAGAAAUCUACAGCAGACGUACAUCUUCACCGACGGCGAGGAUGAGGAGCUGAAGAAGAAAGUUGGGAGCCACGCCAUCAACACCAACUGCUCCGCCGCGCACAGCCGCCAAGCCCUGUCCUGCAAGAUGGCCGUGGAGUACGACAAGUUCAUCGAGUCUGGGAAAAAGUGGUUCUGCCAUGUGGACGAUGAUAACUACGUGAACGUGAGGACGCUGGUCAAGCUGCUGUCCAACUACCCCCACACCCAAGACAUGUACAUUGGCAAGCCCAGCCUGGACAGGCCUAUUGAGGCCACAGAGAGGCUCGGAGACAACAAAAUGAGGCCCGUUAACUUUUGGUUUGCUACCGGAGGUGCCGGCUUCUGCGUGAGCCGAGGCUUGGCUCUGAAGAUGAGCCCAUGGGCAAGUGGUGGCCAUUUCAUGAACACCGCGGAGAAGAUCCGUCUCCCGGACGACUGCACCGUCGGCUACAUCAUCGAGUCCGUGCUGGGGGUGCCCUUGACCCGCAGCAACCUGUUCCACUCCCACCUGGAGAACCUGCAACAGGUGUCCAAGUCUGAACUCCAUAAACAGGUUACACUGAGCUAUGGAAUGUUUGAGAACAAGAGGAAUAUCAUCAACAUGAAAGGAGCUUUUCCAGUUGAGGAGGACCCAUCCAGGUUCAGGUCUGUGCACUGUUUCCUGUACCCGGACACUCCCUGGUGUCCUCCCCAGGUUGCCUUCUAGGGCGACCGGCUCCUUGAUUGGUAUCCUCGUCCCGACUCUCUGCCUCGGUAUCUGACAGGCAGGCGGGACCCGUGUUUGGUAUUGGGACCGUGCGUUGGUCUGGACGCUGCGGCGGCGCGCGCGUGUGUACGUGUGUGCUGCCGUGGCGACGACGGCGCACGGCCUCUGAUGUUCUUUUUCUUAAUCUGGGCUGCUGUGCGGCCUGCCCUUUUGGACACUUCCUUCCUGGCUGGUGCCUGGCCUUCCUCCGUGCCCUGACCCAGGGUCAGUGGAGGGACGCAGACACCUUCCUCGUGUAGCGGGGAAAGGCGCUUUUAGCGCUGAAGCUUCGCAGGCAAUCAAUUGUGCUUUUUUUGGUCCUAAAAAUUAAUUGCUUGUAAUUUGUCUUUUUGUUUUUUGGUAUUCUGCAAUUCUCAUAGAAUGUAAUGUUUAUGCAUAUAUCCAAGCCUUUUGCCAGCUUUAUGUGCGUUCUUUUGUUUUUCAUUUAAUUAAUUUUAUGUUAAAAAUCCUUUAUUUGUUGUUUUACUUUUAAUGGACUCAGGAUUGUCCUUUUGAGUCACUUAUGGAAAGGGGUCUCUGUUACAGGGACUUGGGGAAAUGAUUUUAUACAGGGGAAGCUCAUGAAUAUUUGUUGUGGUUCUAUCAUUUCAAAUGACUCCGGACACAUUUAAUUACGUGAAGUUAACAUUUUUGCUUUGUUGUUAAAUGUCAGUGUUAUUGCUUAAUGUUUUGAUUUUCAACAUGUACCUGUUAUAAUUUCUGAGCUGGCAAUAGGCGGUUUUCUAAAUGUACUCUCAGGUUAGUUCAAUCUGAGGUAUAUUGGGAUGAGGCACUUUCCCAUUCACUAUUGGUCAUGUGUAGAUGCAAUGUAGGUUUAGUCUAUGUCAAAGCUGGGCAAAAGAACAUGUUAAAUGUAACAUAACCCAAAAUCUCUAUAUGCUAUUUAAUGCCAUUCCAUGCAUUUGAAACAAUCUUAGCAACAUAACUUAUACCUUAGAGAUUUUGAUGUAAUGUCACGAUCCAUUGCUUUUUGCUCAAAGAUGUAUUGACGUAAAAAUUGCACAGCUUGACUGAGCUGGUCGUUGCUCCAGUGAAGUACCUCAUUUGUAGAUGUUUACACCUCAUUUGCAGGUAAUUAACAAGGUGUGCCUUACAUAGUACCCCAACACCUAUGCAUGCAGCACCUGCUGAAAUGUAUGCAUUACUUAAUCUUAAUCAAAGGCAGCUAAAAACCUAAAGAACGCACACGUUUAACCCACGUGUUGCCAAUUUCUCAGUCUUUGCACAAGUUUGUCAGAUGGUCCAUAUUUUGCCUUGGUCAUUUGAAUGGAUGUUGGCCAUAUUUUAAUUUCACACUUCUCUGCUUUCCGAGAGUGUGGUUAGAAUGAUAACUUCACUGGAGCAAUGCUGGUAGGAUAUGCACAUAGGUUUUGUACCUCUGUGCAAACAACCCAUAUUGGGUUUCAUUGUAUAUCUGGUUGUAAGGCAGUAAUUAUUUACUGUGAAUUGUUGUUUUUUGUACAGAAAUGUUUAGGUUGUAUAUGCAUUGAUUCUCUUGUCAAUUUGAGUCAGACAUGUCUCUGACGAUUUAAAAAAAAAUGAUUUUCUAAUUGUGCUGAUGUAACUUAUAUUCCAGUAUCUGGAUUCUUCCAUUGAAAUGUUUGCUUCUCAGGGAUCGUGUCCCUGGUGUUGUUACCAUUGAAUUCUCUGUGGUACCAAACCACUUAGCUUUUUAAAUAAAGCAGCAUAAUCGCUGAGAAACAUUGA